AAGCCCCAUUCAAGAAUAGAGCCAAACCGAACCCAAAAACAAAAUAUUUGUCUUAUCCAUCUCCAACGACAACAUCAGGCACACCCUCGUUACAAUUUCCAAAGCCUCUUCUUGCUUUGGGGCAGUCAGUCAAAUUUUUAUACAAAAAUUCUAACGAAAUGGAGCGAGGAAAAGAGCGAGGAAUGAUGGUUCCCAGGUUGAUACCGCAGCAAAAUCCUCUGGAACAAUUGCAAGCCAAGUUCAAGGAAGUGGAGAACGGGUUCAGGGCAUGGCUAGCCAAGCAGUCCUUGCCAGUUGAGGCGGCUGUGGUAACCACCACCAGCGCUUCUCAGGGUGCUGCUAUCGGUGUUUUAAUGGGUACCCUCACCAACGAUGUCUCCUCCUCUCUUCCAACUCCUCCUCAGGCUUCCCUCAAUCCUCAGGCCAUGGCUUCUCUCAAGCAAACCCAGGCUCUAUCAGGUGGUCCCUUGGUACAAGCCCGCAAUUUUGCCGUAAUGACUGGUGUCAAUGCCGGCAUAUCUUGUGUUAUGAAAAGAUUGAGAGGGAAGGAGGAUGUCCAAUCUAGCAUGGUGGCGGCUUUUGGUUCUGGGGCCAUGUUUUCUUUAGUGAGUGGUAUGGGUGGCCCAAAUCAGGUUGCAAAUGCAGUCACUUCUGGACUUUUUUUCGCACUAGUUCAAGGCGGGCUUUUCCAGUUAGGGCACAAGUUUUCUCAACCACCUGCUGAGGAUGUGUACUAUUCCAGAACAAGAUCCAUUUUGAAUAGUCUUGGCCUGCAGAACUACGAGAAGAAUUUCAAAAAAGGCUUGUUAACCGAUAGCACAUUGCCUUUGCUUACUGAUAGUGCUCUUAGAGAUGUGAAAAUACCCCCUGGACCGAGGCUACUUAUUCUUGAUCGUAUUCAGAGGGACCCAGAAUUGAAAGAGAAGCAAGGAAGCCGUGGGUGAAAUUCUAUUGCUCACCGUGAAGGAGCAUUUUCUUGUAUGUCAGAAACUAAAGAAUACGGGAGCAGUUUGCAUCUUUUUCAGUGAAAUGAAUUCCUUUGUGUCUCUAUUGCCCUUGACAUCCAAUUUAGAUAAACAUGCUUGUUAAAAUUCUUUAAACAAGUUUGCUCUACCAUUAAUUUAUUGAUAAGUUUCUUAAAACAUCAGAUAAAGAUGCUAGAUGCAUGAGCUUGAAUGCAGUGAUUUUGGUAUUUGCCUCUGCUCUUUUAGCCAAAACAUUAAUGAUUUCCAAGUUUAGCAGGGUUAAUGCAGCUGCUAUAACCACUUAACCAGUAAGCGUGUUGUUCUUUGGUAGCAUCCAAAAUGCAGUAAAUUUGAUAUGAUAACGAGCGCUGCUGAACCUGGAAUCAAUGCUGUUUGAGCUCCCCGAAACGGGCAAAACACUUGCUUUUGUUGUGAAAUAAUAUGAUUGACUUGGUGGUCAGCAGUACAGGUUUUCUGAAGCUUUUUCUUGGUUGAGUUAAAUUGCAACGGCUGAUAUAAAUUUUACUCUUUACCCAAAGCCCA